AAAACUCUCCAAAGGUGUUACCUUUUCUUCUCCUCUGGUUCUCUCUAGAGAAGAGAGAGAGAGAGAGAGAGAGAGAGAGAGAGAGAGGUUGCUUCUACGGCUCUCUCUCUUCUCUUCCUCUUGGGCUGAAUUUGAGAUUGUCUUUGCUUCAGAGUUGGGGUGGAGUAUAAGAGAAGUUGUGGUGUUUUUCUUUGGUUCUUUGGUUGUCAUUUUUGGGAGAGGUAUCAAGGUGUCAAGGUGUCAAGGUGUUCUGAUUGAGCUUUUAUCAGGCUUUUGAUGGCUGCCUGUAAUAGCUUUGAUCAAUGGCAGAAAGAUGUGUUCUUUUCGGCGGCCGAGGAAGUUCAAGAAUCUUCAGAUGUAAUGGAAUCUUUGUAUAGGUUGUGGAUGAGAGAGUGCAGUGAUGGAUGCAAGUCAGAAGCUUUGGAUGAAUUGCGGAGAGAACUUCAUACUGCUCUCAGCACUGCUAAAUGGCAGCUAGAGGAGUUUGAGAGGGCUGUUAGAUUGAGUCAUGAGAAUUGUUCUUCUGAGGAGAAUACUAUCACUAGGCACAAGCAAUUUAUAGCUGCCAUUGGAGAUCGAAUUUCUCAUGUGGAGAAGGCAUUGAGUGAUUCUCUAAUUCAGGAUGGAAAGCAACCACUUCGGUGGGUACAAUUAGAUGAUGAAGAGAGAGAUGAUCUUGCCGCAUUCCUUGCUGUUGUUCCAAAGAGUUUGCAAAAGAUAAAGGAUGACAAGGAUGUCAAUUGUGAUGCUGUUCGGGGCUUUAAGGAGACCCUUAGGAUCAAUAAGGAUGCCAAUUAUGUUGUGCAAGUGGAAGCAAAUGAGUGUUUUAAAGUAAAUGAGGAAACCUGUGCUCAAGAAGACCUUCUGAAUGGUCUGCAGAGAAGGUCAGCUUCAUCAGAUCUCGGUGCUUGGAAGAUUGUUAUUGCUGAUGAGAAUGUAGAGACGAAAACGACCGAAGUCAUGCCAGAGACACUCAGUCGUCCAUCUGGUCACCUUGUUUUCCCCAAGAGUGUUAAAUCCACUGUAAAGUCGAAGUGGCUUAGGAACAGCUUCCCGAGAAUAAAAAGCAAAGAGCAUUUCUUUUGGAAACGAGGGUUGAUUGGUGUAAAAGGAGUUAGUAGAUUUGCUCAGGGAAUAAAUAGGCUGAAUGAAAGAGGCAAGCAUUGUUUGAGUAAUUGUGCAACAAAUUCUAAAGUUUCUAAUGUUCAUCAAAGGAGUUUACACAGCUCUCAGUUCCACACAUCACUUGGUCGAUCUGUCCGAGUUGCUUUAAUCUUUAUCAUGGCUAUAUUAUUAAUUGUACCAAUUGUUCUCUAUUCAACAUGAAGCAGCCUUUUCCAGUUCUUCAGCUGGUAAUGCAGGCCUCGGUUUACUUAUUUAUUUGAGCUUGUUCUGCAGUUCUUGGAUCUAUGUACUUUUGUUCCAUAGCAUCAGAUGGGAAAGAGGCAAUCCCUUUCCGCUCAUGUUCUUUUUCGGUGCUCAUUGCCAUCUUCCAUAUUAUCAUGUUUUCUGAUGUCUAUAGGUUACAGCAACCUCAACAGAGUGAAAUGUGAAAUUAUAUGCGACAUCAGAAGCCAAUUGUUUAAGUAAAAGAAAGUAACCGCUCACCAAGGAACCAAAUGAACCAGAAAAACCACCAUCUUGCUGCGAAACCAUCAACUGGAAGUGCAUUUUCUUAUUUUGUUUGGUUAUCAAUAUGCAAGAUUACCAGGGUUCUGGCCAUGAUGCAAUCUAUUGAAUCAGAAACAAAGAUGUAUAUCUCUGAGCAAUAGACUAACUUAAAUAGCAAGUGUAAUUGUUAGUUGUUUACCUGCCUUAUAUAUAUAUAUACAUAUAUAUUCUAUUACACUAUA